ACAGUUGAUAAAUGGCGGGGGCGAUAUUAGAAAAUCUAAGUGGGAGAAAGCUGACCAUACUGAUAUGUUUUUUAAUGUUGUGUCAGAUUAUUUGUUUUCUGAUUGGCGGACUUGUUGCACCGACGCCGUCUACCGCAGACCACAUUUUGGCCACAAAAUGUUGGGAUCCUGAUCCCAAAAAUAACACCGAGAAGUGGUUCUACGCUCGAGGUCGCGGUAAAUGUCAAACAAUUGAUAUACACGAUCACACUGAGCCAAAUAUGCAAGCAAAUAAUAUUGUCUUCGUUUUUCAAAUUCCACUACCAAGAGACAGUUUAAUGCACGAUUACUUCCGGUGGCAACAAAAUCUUAUUGGAAUCCUACAGAUUGAUAUAGUGUACCAAACAGGAGUCGAUGAAAUGGAGCCGCGCGUUCCGUUGACGCUAAAUGCAAGGCUGGCUUAUCGAAAUAAAGGUGAUGCCGAUGACGACUGGAAAAGUUAUGCCGCUUCAGUUGAAGAAAGGAUCCUUGAGUGUUCAUCUGAUAGAAAACCUGGUUACAACUAUAACUGUUCAUUUGUUCCGUUGUUUGAGUUAGGUUCUCUUCAUCACGAUUUCUAUUUAUUAAAUAUUCGCCUGCCAGUGGAUGCCAAUAAAACCAUUAACAAAGGUCUGGGACAUGUAGAAGACUUGUGGCUAGUUACCAUUAAUCAGAAUGGAGGUUUUACAAAAGUUUGGGUGUCUCUUAAAAGCGUAUUCUUCCCAAUAAUUAUUGGUAUAAUGGUAUGGUUCUGGAAAAGAGUGCAUCAGUUGUCUCGCUCCCCAGCACUUUUGGAGUACAUGCUGUUUUCUUUAGGAAUUGCACUAACUGUGUUGAAUGCACCACUUGAAUAUUUAACACUCUCAUUUGACAUGCCUUUCAUGUUGCUCCUUUGUGAUAUACGGCAAGGCAUAUUUUACGCAACACUGCUGUCCUUCUGGUUGAUAUUUGCUGGAGAGCAUCUGAUGAUUCAAGAUACUGCGGAAAAAAAUACGCUGCGCACCUACUGGAAACAUCUGAGUGCUGUAGCUACUGGUUGCAUUUCUCUUUUGGUGUUCGAUAUAUGUGAACGUGGAGUGCAACUAAGAAAUCCGUUCUACUCCAUUUGGGAUACAGAAUUGGGAACAAAUAUGGCCCUAUCUUUCAUUAUAUUGGCUGGUAUAUCAGCAGGAGUAUAUUUUCUAUUUCUAACUUACAGAAUUUGGGCAGUGUUUUGCAACAUAAGUGCUAAAAGAUCAGCACUGCCUUCAUUGUCUUGUGCACCCCAUUUACAUUACCAGGGAGUAAUAUAUCGAUUCAAGUUCCUCAUGUUAGCUACAUUGCUUUGUGCAUUAAUGACUGUUGUGGGCUUCAUUCUGGGACAAGUAUCUGAGGGUCGGUGGAAGUGGAAUGAUCAAAUAGAGAUUGAAUUCACAUCAGCUUUUUUCACGGGAGUCUAUAGCAUGUGGAAUAUUUACAUAUUUGCACUUAUUGUUUUAUAUGCUCCCUCUCACAAACAAUGGCCAUCAGAAGCAGAUAUACGCAGCAAUUGUAAUGAGGAGAUUGAAUUCAGCUGAUUAGCUACUGAUCCCAGUGAAAUCUCAUCUUUAACGUCAUUUGCAAGGAAACCUGCACUUGAUUAAUGGCAGCGUGUUGGUUGGUUGCAAGGUCUGUUGCCAUUGUCUUCAAUACCAGAAUCUGAUAUUGAACACAGUUUGAUUUAUGGUAAUAUGUGUACUUACAGGUGGUGUAAUGUAGGCAUUUGUUCAAAAUGCAGAUGAAAGAUGUGGCAUGCAAUAGUGUAUUAGCAUUGAGCAUGAUUUUGUGUAAUAAUUCCAGUCAUAAUUAUAAUCAUAUAGUAUCACCUGUAGCUUAAAAAGUGAUUAAAAUUUACAUUUUCAAGUUUAUGAUAUGCCAAUGGGGACAUUCUCUGUAUGCACUAAUCUGAGUUGUGACAUUACUGACACUAUGCUAUGUUUAUAGUAUAGAAAAAUUUGUCAA